AAAAAUACAAACUUUUUUUGACGUUCGCUCUCAAAAUUUGAUGUUUCAUUUUUAACACUAGUGCUAUAGACUUUAUGGCACUAGUGCAAUAAAGUAACAUUUUUAAUGCUUCGAGGGGGUGUUCAAAAUUGCAUUUUUAACACGUUUGUAGAAAAAAUAAAUUAAUGUUUUUUAAAAAGUGAUUUCAAGAGUUUUUGAGAUAACAUAUCUACCAGUCUACACCUGUAAAUUCAAAGUCAAGUUUGAAACAUCUAUCAAAAUUUGGAGAUGCUUAUAUUGGAUGUGGAUAGCUGGUGUGCUUUUAUUUGAAUAUUUUCAGAAGUCACACGUCAGAUAACGUAAAACUGUGUAGGAAGAUUGUUUCAAGAAUGAAAAAAAAUUAUCCGACUUCCGCUCAAAGAACCAAUCCCUCAGAUGAGCACGACGAGACAGCAUCGCCUUCAAAUCCAAGACCCCCAAUUGUUCACCAACCUACAAGGAGACCAAUCCAAAAUUUGAAUCCACGAACUUACAGAGAUUUUGAUUUUGGUUGGAUGCCACUGCCUAAAAACAUUCAAAAUUGCCCUGCAGGAUUGGAAUACCUUGCCACCAUUGAUCAACUACUAGUGCGUCAAGAACUUGAAUUUUUAGAAAUUGUAACUGGGAUAGAAACUGAAAACAGAUAUACGAUCAAAAACGCUACAGGCCAAAAAAUAUACUAUGCCCAGGAAGAAAGUAAUAUUUGUAACAGAUUAUGUUGCUAUAAUAAUAGAGAAUUCAACAUGCAUAUAUUUGACCAGUUCGGAUACGCAGUUAUUAGACUCUAUAGACCUUGGCUUUGCUGUCUUCAAAGCCUGGCCGUAUUUUCUCCUCCAAAUAACUUUAUAGGCGCAAUAGAGCAAAAAUGUCCUACGUGUAUUCCCAUUUUUGAAGUCAAAGAUGUGACUGGUAUUACUGUGCUAAGAAUUGAAGGGCCAUGCUGUACUUCGAGUUGUUUCAAUGAUGUUGAUUUUAAAAUUGUGACUGGCGAUGGGAGACAGCAGAUCGGUGUAAUAACCAAACAGUGGUCUGGUUUGGCGAGGGAGCUGUUUACUGAUGCAGAUUAUUUUGGAAUUAGGUUUCCCAUGGAUUUAGAUGUUGCAAUGAAGGUGGUCAUGUUGGGAGCUUGUUUUCUGAUUGAUUUCAUGUACUUUGAAAAUGAACGGCCUACUCCUGUCUAUCCAUAUGCUUAUACAUAGUACUGCACAAGCUGUCAGCUUUUCGAUGAUAUUGUUUUGAAUAAAUCAUAUUAUGAAAAUAUGACACAUGAAACUUUGUAAUAAAAAAUAAACAUGCAAUUAUCGUUGAUUAUUAACCAAAUUUAAAAAAUAAAACCAAAACGUAUUAAGCAUUUUAUUGCACAUGAAAAAAUCUUGAGAUUCAUAAAUAUCUUCUCAACAAAGUGGAAAAUUAUUCAAUAAUCUUAGCUAGGUAAUCGAUUUUUGAAGUGGCCCCGCUUGAGGAUUUUAACGCAUUUAGGCAAAGGAACAUGGUUAUUUCAAAAAUUGUCAAAUAAAAAUUAUAGUUAAAAUAUCCUAAUUAUUUGAAGCAAUACAGCUCAAAUUAAUACGCUAAUUAAAUUUUUCAUGUAAAAUGUCAAUUUAUCAGGUAAAUCUCACUCGAAACUUUCUGAUGAUCAAUCAUUUCAAUCGUUAUGUUCACCAGUACUCAGCAGCUAACUUGAAGUUGGUAAGCGUACAUUUUUUCCGCUUAGAGAAAUCGGUAGCAGCUGACAAAAAGCGGCUUUUACUGAGUGCCGCUGAACACGAUUGUUGUCCCAACUACCUCUGGUGAACGUACCCAUAUCUCAUUUUUAUUGUAAUGUUGAUUGUAAUAUUAAAAAAAAAUUAUUACAAAAAGAAAUUGGAAGAGCUCUAGCUAAAUUUUUGAUUAUUUUUGUGCGAACUGCCGAACUACUAACUAUGAAUACAUUACUUAACAAUAAUUAUCAUACAUACAUAUCACAUAUAAUAUGACAGUGAAGAAUACAACAUAGUUUUAUAAACGACACAAAUGGUCUAGUUGGUUUCUCAAUGGUAUUUCUGUUCAUUAUAUGAAUUCAAAAUAUUUUCACACUCCUUCGUAAAACACAUUGAUUUGGUGGAGGAAAUUUUUACUGUACAUACCAGUAAAUCUCUGGAUAAGUUAAAAUGUUUGUAUAUUAAUAUUUUAAAAUUUAAAAAUAAUUGUAACAGUUGCAAAGUCAUAUGAACUAUCAGAAAAACCAUUUAGACACUACUUAUUAUUCGUUCACAAUCCGAUGUCCACUGGUACAGGUAAAAUGUAUCACCUUUCAAUGCUAUUUGAUAGGGGAAGGUGAUAAAUUUACCUGCACCUUUGGACAUCGGAUUGUGAACAGAAUUUAAAUCAGUACCAGAGUAAAGAGAUGAAGAAAAGUGGAAAAAGUGUAAUACAUAACUUGGAACAUAGUGCUCUUGGACUUGGUCCAUGACUGCACUUACAUCCCUUAGGUAAUCUAGAUAACUAUAGUUACGAAGCAAUUAAAUUAAAAAUGUUUCUAAAAUAAGUCAAAUAGGCUGAACUAAAACACUUUGUGACAAUAAUAUGUCGAAUGAAAUGAUGUAUUACUUUAGUGGGACUUGAAACUGAAUUUAUUUCGUUUUUUGAUUAUAGUCAAUUUUAGCAUUUUCCUAGAUUGUAAUAAUGUAAUGCAUUUCAGGCAGUUAUUUAACUAGGAAUCUGUGGAUGGAUCUCAAAAUGCAAUUUCAAAAUAUUGUUUCUAAUACCAAAUACUAAGAGUAUUUUGUCCUUCGAAAAAACUAAAGCCUGUUUCAGAGGGCCACACGAAAGUUUCAGUAGAUCAUUAUCUACAUACAAACAAACAUUGCAUCUCAAUCACACACAAUAUAAAAAUGUUUAUGCUAGCUAAAUCUAAAAACUAAAAAUGUGGAAUGUUAUAUUUUAUGAAAAACUAUCAAAUAACGAUCAGUCUGGGAAUAUUCUCAUAUUCAAAGAACAUACUAUGUGCUGUCUUCAAACAGCUGGAAUUUCCAAAUCAACGUUUUUCAAUAGGCGAUUUUAAGUGGAUCUGACUGUCUUAAUAAUUCGAGUGUUAUUCAGAUCAAUUCACUUUGACGACAAUCUGUCCACUAGAAUUCCAACUUAGAAAAAAAGAUAUUCCUUUUUUUUUGACAAAUAUCUACCUAUCUACUUAGAGGCACUGAUAAUGUUUUCUUAUGAUUAUUAAGCACAUAUUUCUUGUAUCUUUAUCAAUCUAUACAAGGGUUUAAACGCAAUCUAAAUGCCACUACAUUUUACACAAAUAGGAGUAAAAUCAAUAUUAGCGCAUUUAUACUCAGGAUACCCUGUAAAUAUAAUUUAUAAUACUAAUAACAACUAGUUUUUCUUUUUGGAACACUGCUCACAACUCAUGUUUUGGUUUGGCCUUAUUUUAAAAUGUAGAACAAACAUUGAACAAAUAAUUUUAAAACUAAAUGACAUAUGUAUUAUUUAUUCAUUCAAUUCGCCUCAAAUUUUUAAAUUAUUAUUUUUUUAAAUUUGAAAAAGUCUGUGUUGCUAUUCCAAUAAGUAUAAGCUUAUAUAAACAAAACAUGAUUUAUUAAAAAGUAAAAUUUUGAUCCAUUCAAAUAUAAGGCCAAACCCAAUAAGAUUAAACUCACUCGUAUUUUAAGGAAGCCAAUUUUGUAAAAAAUAUUAAUUAGCGCCUUCGCAUCUCAUCUGCACUAAAUUAUGAUUGCAUUAUUUUGUUUUAUAGUCGAGUAUUCCUAAAUAUAAUCUACUCUUUGACAUUUUGACAAAAAUAUUCGAUAUGUUUUUCUAUUGCAGCCCAUAUUGUCUUAUUAUAAAAUAAAGUCUAAUAAGUAGCUGUAUCUAUUAACUGAAAAAUAUUGUUGCUGAACAUUAUUAUAAUUAUUUGCACUGAAUACUAAGAAACAUUAGCUUGAAAAUUUAGUUGCAAUUAUUGUUUUUUAUUGGAAAAAAACUCCAUAUUUAGUCUCCAAAAAAAACUUGUACAAAAUGUAUUAUGCGCGUUAUAAGUUUUGUGGUUGUACAACAGUGUUGUUGUUAAGGCGAAUUGGGGUUUCAUUGUUGGAAUUUUCAUCUGGCGAGAUGUCGUUUCGGUGGCUUGGGCCUUCAAAUCCGGGAUUCAAAAUUAUAUUUGGGACUAGUUCUAUUAUUUCCGGCUCAUCU